CACCGCGUAGAGCCUUUCCUCCAUCUGUCCUGCCCUGUUUUUCUUUCCUGUCUCCCUCCAUCCCUCCUUACUUUCUUUUCUCCCCUCCUUUCUGUUUUUUUCUUCCUCUCUCCCUCCUUUGUUUUUCUCCUUCCCCUUUCCUCUUUAUUUCCAUUUCCCUGUUCCCUUUCUCUCUGAUUUUCCCCGUCUCCCCCAUUUUUCUUUUCUUUUUUAUUCUCCCUUUUUUAAUUUAUUUAUUUGGAGACAGAGUUUCGCUCUUGUCACCCAGGCUGGAGUGCAAUGACGCGAUCUCGGCUCACGGCAGCCUCCGCCUCCUGGGUUCAGGCAAUUCUCCUGCCUCAGCCUCCCGAGGAGCUGGGACUACAGGCACGCGCCACCAUCCCCAGCUAAUUUUUGUAUUUUUAGUAAAGACGGGGUUUCACCUUGACCAGGAUGGUCUCGAUCUCUUGACCUUGUGAUCCACCCGCCUCGGCCUCCCAAAGUGCUGGGAUUACAGGCUUGAGUCACCGCGGGAUUUUUUAAGAAGGAGUCUGGGUCCGUGGCCCAGGCUGGAGUGCAGUGGCUCAAUCUCGGCUCACUGCAACCUCCACCUCCCGGGGUCAAGCGACUGUCCUGUCUCAGCCGCCUGAGUAGCUGAGAUUACAGUUGUGUGUCACCACGCCCGGCUAAUUUUUGUCAUUUUUAGUAGAGACGGGGCUUCACCAUGUUGGCCAGGCUGGUCUGUAACUUCUGACCUCAGGGGAUGCGCCCUCCUCAGCCUCCCAAAGUGCUGGAUAACAGGCUGAGCCCCCGCGCCCGGCCUUCCUUCCCUUUUCCUUUAGUCCCUCCCGCCCUGCCUCCGUCUUUCGUCCCUCCUCCUCCUUUUUUCUUUUUUUUCUUCUCUCCCUCCGUCCUUUCUCCACUUUUCCCUCUUGCCCCUUUUUUUCUCCCUUCUCUCUUUUUCUUCCUUUCCCCGUUUCUCCCUCCAUCCCCUUUUUUUCUCUUUCCUAUCUCCCUGCCUCCUCCUCUUCUCUCUUCCUCCGUUUCUCCCGCCCCUCCCUUCCUUCUUCCCUCCCCUUCCUUUCAUUUGCUGCCUUUCCCCGUCUCUCCCUCUUUCCCUUUUUCCUCCCCGUCUCCUUCCUUCUUCCAUUUUCGUCCCUCCCUCCUCUUCUUUCCCUGUGUCUUUUUUCUUUCCUUCUGCUUCCUUGUCCCCUCCUUUCUUUUCUCUCCAUGUCUGUCUUUCUCGCUCUUGCUUUUCCUGUCCCUUGUGUACUGGGAAGGCGGUGGUCCCUGACUUGGGUGAACCCUUAGUGCAGUGUCGCUGAGAAGAAGGUCCCUUCCAUGCGGGCGGGGACUGCUAACAGUGUCCAGACGCUGAGACGGCCCUCUGUGUGCUGAGCCCUCAGCUGACCCGGGCUUGCUGACUGUGACAGGCAGGGCGGUGCUGUCUGCCGGCUUUGAACGAUGCCUGGGUGCCUGGGUCUCGCACCCAGGAUGCGCUCAGCAAAUGCUUCUGGAAUGUAUGAAUGAAUUGCUGAGUAGGCAGUGUCUCCACCAGCAGCAGGCCGGCCCCUGAGGGGAGAGCAGAGCUGGAGUCUUGGCCAGCCAGGCAGGGAUCCUUCAGGGGCCAGCAGAGCACACAGCGGGCAACUGGAGCUCAGAACAGUGAACAGAGGCUGCCGAGAAGCCCUGCCCAGGAGACCCACGCAAGUGCUUUUAUAGGAAGAACAACUCUCCUAUCAAUUGCAGUUGAGAUUGUGGUCGAGCGCGGAGACUCAGGCCUGUCAUCCCAGCACUUUGGGAGGCCGAAAGGGGAGGAUCGCCUGAGGUCGGGAGUUCGAGACCAGCCUGGCCAACACGGAGAAACACCGUCUCUACUAAAAAUACAAAAUUAGCCGGGCGUGGUUACCGGUGCCUGUAAUCCCAGGUACUCGGGAGGCUGAGGCAGGAGAAUCACUUGAACCCGGGAGGCGGAGGUUGCAGUGAGCUGAGAUGGCGCCAUUGCACUCCAGCCUGGGUGAGACAGCGAGACUCUGCCUCAAAAAAUAAAUAAAUGACACCGAGAUUCUUCUGAGCCCGAAUAUCAGCCCCAAAGUGAGGUCUGGAAUGACAGGCAGGCGGCCCUCCACCAAUACGGUAGGAGGAAGGGCUGUUGCUGUUGCCUUUGGCGAGCAGGAAUACCUGACAAGCAGGUCACGUGCCCGGGUCCCGCGUCGCACAUUCCCGGGGCUCCCCGUCCCACAUUCCCGGGUUCCGCGUCGCACAUGCCCCUGGUUCUGCGUCCCACAUGCCCCGGGUUCCCCUUCCCACAUUCCCGGGGUUCCCCUUCCCGGGUUCCCCGUCCCACAUGCCCCGGGUUUCUCAUCCCAUAUUUCCGGGGUUCCGCAUUUCACAUUCCCCGGGUUCCGCGUCCCGCAUUCACUGGGUCACCAUCCCGCAUUCCCCGGCUUUCCGUCCCACAUGCCACGGGUUCCCCGUGUUCCCCGUCCCACAUUCUCGGGGUUCCGCAUCCCACGUUUCCUGAGUUCCCCUUCCUACAUGCCCCCGGUUCCCCGUCCCACAUUCCCAGGGUUCCGUGUCCCAAAUGCCCCGGGUUCCCCUUCCCACGUUCCGCGGGUUCUCCAUCCCACAUUCCCGGGGGUCCCCGUCUCUCAUUUCCUGGGUUCCCCUUCCCACAUUCCCGGGUUCUCCAUCCCACAUUCCCGGGAUUCCGCGUCGCACACGCCCCUGGUUCUACGUCCCACAUGCCCCGGGUUCCCCGUCCCAGAUUCCCCGAGUUCCCUGUCCCGGAUUUCCGGGGCUUCCGUCCCACAUGCUCCGGGUUUCUCAUCCCACAUUUCCGGGGUUCCGCAUUCCACAUGCCCAGGGUUCAGAGUUCCACGUUCCCUGAGGUCCCCGUCUCACAUGCCGCGGGUUCCGCGUCCGAAAUUUCUGGGGUUCCCCUUCCCACAUUAUCCGGGUUCCCUGCCCCACAUUCCCCGGGUUCCGUAUCCCACAUUCCCUGGAUUCCCCUUCCCGCAUUCCCCAGGUACCAUGUCCCACAUUCCCUGGGUUCCGCGUCCCGCAUUCCCCGGGUUCCACGUGCCACAUUCCCAGGGUUGCGCGUCCCACAUUCCCGGGGUUCUCCUUCCCACAUUCCCCGGGUUCCACGUCCCGCAUUCACCGGGUUCCCCUUCCCGCAUUCCCUGGGUUUCCGUCCCACAUGCCACGGGUUCCCCGUGUUCCCCGUCCCACAUUCCCGGGGUUCCGCAUCCCACAUUUCCUGGGUUCCCCUUCCUACAUGCCCCCGGUUCCCCGUCCCACAUUCCCAGGGUUCCGUGUCCCAAAUGCCCGGGGUACCCCUUCCCGCGUUCCGCGGGUUCUCCAUCCCACAUUCCCGGGGCUCCCCGUCUCUCAUUUCCCGGGUUCCCCUUCCCACAUUCCCCGGGUUUCCGUCUUACAUGCUCCGGGUUCCCCGUCCCACAUUUCCCGGGUUCCCGUCCCACAUUCCCCGGGUUCCCGUCCCACAUUCCCUGGGUUUCCGUCCCACAUGCCCCGGGUUUCUCAUCCCACAUUUCCCGGGUUCCCCGUCCCACAUUCCCCGGGUUCCCCGUCCCACAUUUCCGGGGUUCCGCAUCCCACAUGCCCCGGGGUUCCCCGUCCCACAUUCCCCGGGUUCCGCAUCCCACAUGCCCCCGGUUCCACGUCCCGCAUUCCUGUCGUUCCGCUUUCCACAUUUUCUUGGCACGUGGCUAGUGAGGGCCCCCUUCCUGCAGUCCGGGAAGUAAAAACUGCGUGGCUGAAAGAUCCUCUGUCUCAGGGCUGAUUUUCUUUGCAGCACUGAGUAUCUAUUUCCAACACCGUCAUCUCUGAAAUUCAUGGGUUAAAGCCUGAACCCCGAGGACCUCAGAGUGUUAGGAUGUUUAAAGAGGUAAUUCGGGUAAAAUGAGGUCAUCAAUAUGGGCUCUAAUCUGAUAUGAAUGUUGCUGCACCAGGAGAGGGAUUAAGACCCAGACAUGCUUCCUGCCUCCCAGAUCCUCUAGGGAUGGACGGACUUCUCCUUCAGCGUCUGUGUCUCCUCGUCUGUCUCUUAAAAGGACACGUGUCAUUGCCUGUAGGGGCCUUCUUAUACUGAGAACGACGUUGGAAGAGUUCAUAUUAUGUGUUCACUUGACUGGAGCAUGGGGUGCCUAGGUGUUCGAUUGAACAUUACUCUGGGGUAUCUGUAAGGGUGGAAGGGAGGAUCCUUCCAGCCUCCCCGAGGUCUGGGGGCUCCAGCAUCCCUGGGCUUGUGGCCGCAGCACUCCACUCUGUGCCUCUGUCCCCACGUGGCCUUCUCAAGGGUCUGCUAUAAUGACCUCCUCUUGACUUAAUUCCAUCUGCAAAGAUCCUAUUUCUAAAUUAGGUCCCAGUCAGAGGUAUUUGGAGUUAGGACACUAGAAAUAGAAAUUCCAUUUGACCCAGGAAUCCCAUUACUUGGUAUAUACCCAAAGGACUAUAAAUCGUUCUAGUAUAAGGACACAUGCACGCGAAUGUUCACUGCAGCACAGUUUACAAUAGCAAAGACCUGGAACCAACCCAAAUGCCCAUUGAUGGUAGACUGGACAGGGAAAAUGUAGCACAUAUACACCAUGGAAUACUACGCAGCCAUCAAAAAAGAGUUUGUAUCCUUUGUAGGGACAUGGACUAAGCUGGAAACCAUCAUCCUCAGCAAACUGACAAAAGAACAGAAAAUCAAACACCACAUGUUCUCACUCAUAGGUGGGUGUUGAACAAUGAGAACACAUGGACACAGGGAGGGGAGCAUCAC